AUGUAGCACGUUUACAAACUAGAAGAUUGUUUUUGCUCAAGAUUUAUUAGCUGAAGAUCCUGGUUAAUUCUAGCGCAUUCACGUGGCCUGUUGCUAUGGCGACACGUAACGCGCCGCAGCGCACCUGACGCUCGGAUCGGUGAGUGAGCUGUGGAAGCUUCUGUUUAUCUAAUAAAAAGGCUCGAGGAAACGGUUGUGUUCAGUGAGCUGUGAUGCCUUCGCGGAUAGAGCAGCUCUCGAGGCCCAAACCAAACCUGCUCAAGUUCCCUGACAGGUGCUCAGUAUACUGGCUUGAUGAACUACCAACCAGGUCAAAGAACACCACUACUGCCUUUGAACUGACUCCUCGCUUGGAGCAGCUCGCCCAGAGCAAAGAAUCAAGUCGUUUAAUUGAGGAGAGCAGUAGGUCACCUGAGUGGAUGGUUAGUGCAGCAGCUCUUAAAGCACGUCCUUCUGAAAGAGUGUGUUCACUGGCACUGCCUCGAAUGCCAGCUGAUGGAUGGCAGCCUGAACGCCCUCUGCUGGCCACUUUAAGUGUUGCAGUUAAAAAUGCCAAGCCGAGUCCAAGAAUAUGUCAUCUGGCGCAACCAAAGCAGGUGAAGACACUACUGACAUACUGCAGCGUUGAUUCAAGCGCCCACUCGAUCAGCGUUCCCAACACACCCUCCUCACGCAUACUACAGCUGGCCUCUCCUAAGCAGGUCCAUGCACAACACUCUCUCGCGAGGCCUGUUUCUUGGCCGGUUCCAGAUCAUGUUCUGAAGGCCGUAGCCAGUGAGAGGCUGCAGAAACUGGCUCGACCCAAGACCCGUCAGGCCCUGUUUGAGGGGUACGACCCCUACCGGGUCAGUCCUGCUGCUCGGGCCGCCACCGCGUCCCCCAGACUGCUGGAGCUGUCUUUACCCUUACCACGUAAAUGUAAAGGCCAAUAAGCAAUCAUCGCACCAUCCUCAGUCAAGCUCUUUCAGUAAAUGAUUUUUUUUUA